AUGGAGGAGGCCGGAGCGGCGGUGGCCACGGCGGGGGAGGCCGAAUUGAACUUGUCCCGCCUCAGCAUGUCCCCGGAGACUGUGGAGUUGGAGCUGGAGGCGCGGGGCGAGGAGCGGCGCGGCGCCCGUGAGGCGCUGCUCCGGCUACUGCUGCCUCAUAACCGUCUGGUGUCGCUGCCGCGGGCGCUGAGCAGCGGCUUCCAGCACCUCCAGCUGUUGGACGUGAGCGGCAACGCGUUGACCGCGCUCGGGCCGGAGCUGCUCGCGCUGAGCGGCCUGCGCACGCUGCUGGCCAGGAACAACCGGCUCGGCGGGCCCGGCGCGCUGCCCAAGGGCCUGGCCCAGUCGCCGCUCUGCCGCAGCCUCCAGAUGCUCAACCUCAGCGGGAACUGCUUCCAGGAGGUGCCCGCGUCGUUGCUGGAGCUCCGCGCGCUGCAGACCCUCAGCCUGGGUGGCAAUCAGCUGCAGAGCAUCCCUGCCGAGAUCGAGAACUUGCAGAGUUUAGAGUGUUUAUAUCUUGGAGGAAACUUUAUCAGAGAAAUCCCACCAGAAUUAGCAAAUCUGCCUUCUCUAAGUUAUUUGGUAUUAUGUGACAACAAAAUCCAAAGUGUGCCUCCUCAGCUUUCACAGUUGCAUUCGCUUCGUUCCCUCAGUCUUCACAAUAACUUGCUGACAUACCUGCCUCGAGAGAUCCUCAACCUUAUUCAUUUGGAAGAGUUGAGUUUGCGAGGAAAUCCAUUGGUUGUUCGUUUUGUUAGAGAUUUAACCUAUGACCCUCCAACUCUCCUGGAAUUAGCUGCACGGACCAUUAAAAUUCGAAAUAUUUCCUACACUCCAUACGAUCUUCCCGAGAAUCUUCUUAGAUACUUGAGCUUAGCCAGCAAUUGCCCGAACCCAAAGUGUGGAGGAGUCUACUUUGACUGCUGUGUCAGACAAAUUAAAUUUGUGGACUUCUGUGGGAAGUACCGCCUCCCACUGAUGCACUACUUAUGUUCCCCAGAAUGUUCUUCCCCUUGCAGUUCUGCCUCUCACAGCUCCACAUCCCAGAGUGAAUCUGACUCGGAGGACGAAGCUAGUGUCGCUGCACACAGAAUGCAGAAAGUUCUUCUUGGUUGAAAAGAAUGGAGGGUGGUAUGAUACAUGUAAAAGAACUAAGCAAAGGUGAUUGGAAAAGAAAAAGACUUUGAAAUGGUAUCUUCAUCUUGAAUGUCCAUGAAAGAGUUGGAGAUGGUAGAAAAGAUUUUGUAUUUUAUCUUCCCAUUCAGCAGGAAUGAGUCCGGUUCCAUGUUUGGAUUCUUUGAAUAUAAUUCACUCUGAAUGAUGGUUUCGAAUUUAGCUGAUUGUUUGCAGUUUUAUUGUUUGCAAUUUUCACUCAAGUUUUGCAUGAAUCACAUGGCACAAUGGAGCAUUCUGAAGAGCAGUGCUAUAAUAAACCAUGAGUGGUGUAACUUGUGACUGUUGAGAUGAAGAAAGAAAUGAUCAGAGCUGUAAUUAUUACCAGAGUUGUCCUUGGGUUUAGACUGAACACUAUGCCUUAACAGGAUUAGCCCUCCCUUCUUGUAUUGCCCAUGUGUCUAGAUUACAGAGCUAUUCACAUAAGCUCACAGAUGGUUACAUAGGACCUAACCCUUGCUGACCUACUAACUGGUAAAGUAAGGGAUAUAACUUUUAUGUGGGAUUUUAAAACUCUUUAGUUUUGCUCCUUUGUUCUAUAUGAUUGCUGUUUCCUUUCUGUAAUCCAGCAGUGACUGUUAAAAUGCCUUAAUCCGAGCAAGAUUUUAGAAAUUUUUUCAAGUAAUGAUGCCAGAGCAGCCUGUAUAACCUGACAUACUAUGCAGAACACUUUAAAAUAUGCUUUAACAGAAUUAGGUAAACAGCUGUUUAUCUGACAUAAGAGCUCACAGCCACUUUAACUUGAAUUUUUUGUUUAAACAUGAAGUGAUCCGCUUGUAAGGAAAUCACUUUUGCACUUAAUGGGAAGCAAUAGUCUUGAUUAAUCUUUUCAUCAUAAGACAGAAUAACAGCUUUUGAUUUAAAAAUCUGUCAGACUUCUUUUGACAGAGAAGAGAUGUAAGCUUAGAAAGCUUCUUUGUAUCUUGCGUUAAAGAAGUGGGAAAAUGAUUUUAAAAUUUUUAAGUCAUGUCUGACUCCUUUGCCUGUGUGUACUGAUCUGUAACUUUCUCUACGUUUUAAAGAAAAACUAGAAAACAAUUACAAGCCAAAUAAAAUUGUGGGCAGCCAUUAUUUGUGUAAAGACUUUAUGGCAGUCUUUCAAUUGUAAGAAAUAGAAUAAUUUCCAAAACUAGUAUAACCAUGGAAUACUUUUUUGAAAGGAAUGUAUUGAUAACAUGUAAAACUUCUUAAAUAUAUCCCUUAAGUAUGGCAGAAAAAUGUUUCACAAAUUAAUUGCUAUUAGAAAUGACCAAAUUUUUUAUUAACUAGCUAACUUGGAAUAAAAAUUGAAUAGUAGAAUUAUAAUUUUGAUAUUAUAAAAUACACAAAACAUACUAGCAGUCAUUAGAUAACCAAUAAUAAAAUGAUGGGGGUUUUGGGGUUUUUAUGUUUUUUUUUUAAUAAAAUGUUUUUUUAGUGGUAAAUGUUACCUAUACAAUAAAAUGUAGAUCAGAAACACAUUAGAACAUCAGAAGCUCUCCCUUCUGGGGACGCCUGGGUGGCUCAGUUGGUUAAGCGGCUG